UACUUUUUUUCUUUUUGUUUGUCCACUCGUUGUACCCUUUUUCUUGAAAACUGAGGCAUGGAGGAGGCCGAUGUUUCACCUGCUCGAGUUUCAGCCAUGGAUGAAAUCAUGCAAGAGAUGCUCAAGAGCAAGCAGGCUCGACCAGACACGCCUACAAGCGGUCCUGGAGGGGACAGCAGCCAGGUUGCCGCCGAUAUUGUCGUCGAAGAUCUGGAAGAGGAUGGCGCUUUGUUAGAUCACCAGCAGAGCGACGAUAGCGCACAAAUGGAGGAUACCGCACAAAUGCUGGCAGACGUUGUUUCUGACAUAGUACAGGCUGCCCAGGAGGAAGCAUGCCGCCGAGAGCUGGCUUUUCUCUCCGUGAAAGACGAAGGAGAGUCGUUUGAGUCAGCCUCUGAUCUCGAGACUCAGACAAGCGAGUCCAGCUCCUAUGAUAGCAACUCUGAAGACGCAGGCGCAGCUGCGUUCCCGAGAAAGAGGAUCCAAGAGUUCAGGAAUGAGGAGGAGUUCUGGGAAUGGGAGCAGGUGGUAGUACGUGAGAUAGAGGAAGAGUUCCGUGCUGAGAGGGGAGUAGACGUGACCGCACAGCCGCUCACUCUGGAGGAGGACAGAGAAAUCCGCAGGAGGAUCAUAGGAGAGCUGUAUGGAGAUGACUUCCCCAUAGACAUAGAGGUGCUUGUGGAGUUUGUCUACACCACGCUGCCUGCAAUGUUCAGGAAAGCCGCAUGGUUCGACGCGCGCUACGCACAGAUAGAGGUCAAUGACCCCCAGGUGGAUGUGGACGUUUCUCUGUUCAUCGUCCCACAUGGCCGCUUCCGGGACAGGAUUUCCCUACCCAAGCCGUUCAAGAAGGUUCACACUGUGGGCGAACAGCGGAAGAAGCGUGCGGAGUUGUUAGAGCUGGCCUGCUGCUGGCGCAGAGAACUCGAGAACCACUUCUUCUCGGUAGCCGACACCUACGCCCUGCCCAAGUUCUGGCAACAACCGCUCGCCAACUUCGACAGACUCAUCUUUGUGCUGCAGAGGAAGGUGGAGGAGGCCAAACCCCUACCGGAGGAAAUUCUCGCCGCGCCUGCAGUGCAGCGUGAGCUUCGCCAGGUGGCGUUAGAAGUGGACGACAUCUUAAUUGGGGCCGUGGACACCGACCUCAAGUGUCAUCUGUGCCACGAAGUCUUAAACAAGGCCAUGGGGUUGACCGGCUGUGGUCACGUGUUCUGUGCCUCCUGUCUUGACCAAUGGCUGACGGAGAAGAGAAAGUUCUGUCCCACUUGUAAGGAACGCGUGAAUCCGGAGACAGACCUGCAACCUGUUCUCAGGUUCACCUGGAUGUGGCUGGAGGAGGAACCCCGUCUCAGCGAACCGGGUCAGCUCAUCUGUGACGUGUGCAAGAUCUCCCUGUGCCACGCAUGCGCGCAGAAGACCGCCAGUCUGGAGGCGUUUGUUCGCUGGUUGGAGAUUAACAACAUGGACCUGGACACGGCUGCGCAGGUCUGUGCCGAGGUGGAGAACAUGCGGCUGGCGCAACGCCGCCGGAGGAUCAGUAUCUAAUGUAGCAACGCCGU